CUAGAUUCAAACCUAACGCUCUUACUAAAACUCACGACAUAUUUAUUAAAAACAAAUUCUUUACUGUUAUUUUCUUCCAAUUUGUGCUCAAAUUUUGAAAGUUCUUGAGUAGCUCUGUGUGUAUUUGUUUCCCGAAAUGGUGGCAACAGAUGCUGUUGUGUAUCUGCAUAGGAAAAUAAAAAACAUGCCCUUGUGGGUCUUGUUUCAGGACACCAGGAGUAUUUUUAGCAAGGAUGGGCUGAAUUUAGAAAUCACAAAGAUCGCAGUCCCUGCAGCCUUGGGUUUAAUGGCAGACCCCAUUGCUUCUUUGAUCGACACAGCCUUCAUCGGCCAUUUAGGAUCUGUGGAGCUUGCUGGUGUUGGGGUUGCCAUAGCUAUUUUCAAUCAAGCUUCAAAGAUCGCAAUAUUCCCACUUGUAAGCAUCACAACUUCUUUUGUGGCUGAAGAAGAUAGCGCUACAACCUCAAGUUCCACUCUUGAUGAUAUUGAGUUACAAAAUCCGAUGCUACCAAAAUUACCUCAGGAUAUGAACAGGAUGCUGAAUAACACUGGGAGAAGACAUAUCUCAUCAGCUUCAUCGGCUUUGUUGAUAGGUGGCAUGCUUGGUCUCAUCCAAGCUCUUUUGCUCAUUGUCUCUGCAAAACCAAUAUUAAAUUAUAUGGGCAUAAAAUCUGAUUCUCCGAUGCUAAGCCCAGCGUACAAAUAUUUAACGCUGAGGUCCCUUGGUGCACCUGCUGUUCUUCUAUCACUUGCCAUGCAAGGAGUGUUUCGAGGGUUUAAGGAUACAAAAACUCCAUUAUAUGCAAUUGUGGUGGGAGCUAUAGUGAAUAUUGUUUUGGACCCAAUACUAAUAUUCGUAUUCAAGAUGGGGGUUAUUGGUGCAGCUAUUGCUCAUGUUUUCUCUCAGUACUUGAUCUCAUUGAUCCUCCUAUGGAAAUUGAUGGAGCAAGUUGACCUUUUACCUCCACACAUUAAAGAUUUGCAACUCGGUCGGUUUUUGAAAAAUGGGUUUCUUUUAUUGAUGAGAGUGAUUGCAGCAACAUUCUGUGUAACCCUAGCAGCAUCCAUGUCAACCAGGCUAGGAUCAACAGAAAUGGCUGCCUUUCAGAUUUGCUUGCAGGUUUGGGUGGCAGCCUCGUUGCUUGCUGAUGGUUUGGCUGUCGCUGGCCAGGUGAUUCUUGCAGGAGCUUUCGCAAGACAAGAUUACACGAGAGCAACAGCAACAGCUGCCCGGGUACUCCAAUUAGCUUUGGCUAUGGGACUUGUUCUCUCAUUAAUUGUUGGUGUUGGAUUAAGCUUCUCAUCAGGAGUGUUUACAACAGACACCAAAGUUCUACGACUCUUGAGUUUAGGCAUCCCGUUUGUUGCAGCAACUCAACCCAUAAAUACAAUUGCAUUUGUAUUUGAUGGGAUCAACUAUGGCUCAUCAGAUUAUUUUUACUCCGCCUUCUCAAUGGUUUUGGUAGCCUUAGCAAGUGUUGUAUGCUUGUGGUUACUAUCCUCACAUUACGGGUUUGUGGGCAUAUGGGUCGCAUUAUCCAUCUUUAUGGGUUUACGAGUAAUAGCUGGCCUAGGGAGGAUUGGAACCGCUAGUGGACCAUGGAGUUUUCUCAACAAGUAUUAGGCCGGGGUUUCCUCUUUUCGUGUUCAAUAGCACUAAAUGAAUAUGUAUACAUGUAUAUAUGAACAAAUAGUGGCUUGUUUGUUCUUUGUAUAAACAAAAGAUUCAGUAUGAAUGAGAAGGAUGAAUGUUUGGUUUAAUGAAAUGAAAUUACGAAGGAAUGGAAUAGAUCAUUUAGGGAAGCAAGGUA